AUGUUAUCACAUUCUGCCAUGGUCAAAGAGAGGAAACAACAAGCAUCAGCCAUUAUGGAUGAAAUACACAGAAAUGUCUCACCCAGCUUAAACCUUGGAAAAAAGGUCAGCAUCCCCAGAGAUAUCAUGGUAGAAGAACUAUCGACACUCAGCAACAGAGGUGCAAGACUCUUCAAGAGACGUCAGCGUAGAUCUGACAAAUACACAUAUGAAAAUUAUCAUUAUGUAGCAAACAAGCCAAGAAAUCGUGGAGAGCCUAUACAGAGUGUCAGAAUGGAUGGCCUUAGUGUGGAGGGAAUUCCCCAGCAUGCACCAAUGACACCUCCUAAUACACCUGAUCCCCGGAGCCCACCACAUCCUGACAACAUAGCCCCAGGAUAUUCUGGACCACUGAAAGAAAUUCCUCCUGAAAAGUUCAACUCUACUUCUGUGCCAAAGUAUUAUCAAUCUCCUUGGAUAGAAGCCAUUAGGGAUGAUCCAGAGCUGCUGGAAGCUUUAUAUCCUAAACUUUUUAAACCUGAAGCAAAGCCAGAACUACCUGACUACAGAAGCUUUAACAGAGUUGCCACUCCCUUUGGUGGUUUUGAGAGAGCAUCAAAGCUGGUAAAAUUCAAGGUACCAGAUUAUAAUCUACUGAUGCUAAAUGAUCCCAGAUUCAUGAUCCUUGCAAACCCUCUUGCUACCAGAAGAUCCUUCAAUAGGACUCCUAAAGGAUGGACGUCUGAGAAUAUUCCUGUAGUGUUCAUUCAGCCUUCAGAUUCCAACACCGUUCCAGAAACAGAGGACCUGUGA